AUGGCAGGGAGGGAGAUGUUGAGGCUACGGGGAGGAGAAGAUGAAGGAGACGAAGGAGACGAAGAAGAACAAGACGAAGAGGAUAAUGGAAUCGGAUUCAGGUCUCGCACUCUUCUCGAGAGCCUGCAGAAGCUGAAGAAGGAGAUACAAGAAGCACAAGUCAUACAACAAGAGAAACUAAAGAUGCAAGAGAAGAUGAAGUCAUCUCUUGACUUCAUCCUAGAAGAGAUUGAGAAGGAAUGGCGUGCAAGCACUGUCGCCCGCUCUUCUUCUCCGAUGGGGGAGGACGACCGUCAAGUUGUAGACGAAACGUUCUCGAAGAUCUUUGGGAACUUUUACACUCCAACAGAGGAAAUAGAAAGGCGAGAAACGAAGAAAUAUCGUAAGACCAUGAAGAAGAUGAAGGAAUUAAUGCGAAACUUUGAUAGCAACAAGAAGAAGCUUUGUUUUGAAUCAUGUGGACCAAACAAGGCGUGUGUGGAGAAUUGGAUCAUUAUCGAGGGAAUCAACAUCGUGCCAUUUUUGUUUAUUCUCUUGCCUUACAAGUUGGUCUGUUUAGGUGAUUCAGUUGGCCAAGUCAAAGACGUUGACGCCGACGGUCGAACGACUAAUAUUUGCAUGGCAGAUGUCACGCGAUCAUUGAGCGACGUUCAUAUCUGCUUCUUCAACGGCGAAUUGCAGAGUAUUGGACGGAAUGGAACUUUUCUUGCCCCGUAUCUGGCUGUAGAUGCUUGGAAAUUUUUGAAGCCAAACUAUCAGAAAAAGCUUGAGAUGAAAUACGCUGAUCUCACAAGGCACAUUCCAGCUAAUCAAACAUACAAAAUGGCUCAUUGGCAACUACGGGUCACGCGUUGCAAAUAUACGGGAGAGUCGCACGUCAUUGCCCUCAAUGGAAUGCUUGCAAGCAAGAUCACCCCUCCCCCAGAGCUUCACCUGAUGGAGAACGGGUUCGAGUUCAUUACGGCUCGAGGAGACGGUGUCGUUUACGAUGGUGCCAAACUCGAAACGAUCGAGGGAUAUGAUAUGAAAAGAAUUAAUCUCUCCAAGAAAAUCGGACUAUUUCAGAACGAUUCAGAGCUGGCUAUCAGGACUGAUCAUAAAUUCCCAGCCAAUCUGACAGAACAAGAGCUCUUGGCCAGGCAAGUUGAGGGAAGGGAGGAUGAUACAUACUGGGGCGAUGAGACUGUGGCGGAAGGCAACAUGAAUACAACAGAUGACGACUCGUUCCUAUCCAGCUCAGAGCUUAUACGAAUCGAAGAGGCUGUUGAAGCUUUUCAUGCGGGAAAGCCGAUCCCGCACGGCCUCAAGGUCGUGAGAAAGGAAGAUCACCCGGGCUUCGGCCGUGAGCAUCCGGAGACAACGUUUGACAAGCUGAAAGAGACGUGA